UCGUUUUGUGGUUAUUCAUUAAAGUAAAAGAACGCAGAGAUUAGAGAUUUGGAAUUGGGGGAAAGAGCAAGGCGACGAUGGCAUCCGAAGCAGCACCGGGGCAGCUCCCUUAUAAGAUCGAUUUCUCCGGGAUUGGCCUGGCGGAUCGAGGAUCACCCGCCUGGACCGCCGUCCGGACCCAGGUGAUGCACGCCAUGGUCACCGUUGGCUGCUUUGAGGCCGUGUACGACCGCGUCUCUCCUCAUCUCCGCGACUCCCUCCUCCGCAUGGUCUCCCAGGAGCUGUUCCCGCUGCCUCGCGAGGUCAAAAUCAAGAAUAGCUCUGCCAGGGUCUACGGCGGUUACAUAGGCCAGAUCCCGGGGCACGCCUACGAGAGCCUGGCCAUCACGUUCACGUGCGCCAACGACGCCGCCAGCGUCGACAACUUCUUCAGCCUACUCUGGCCCGAUGGCAACCCUCGUUUCAGCGAGACGACCCUCUCAUUCGUGACUAAGCUGGUGGAACUGGAGGAGAUGGUGAGGGGGAUGGUGUGGGAGGGCUUGGGAGUGGCGAAGUACCAAGUGGAGCCAUCGGAGUCCACUUUGUAUUAUAUGAUUCGUUUCGCCAAGUACGGGGAGGAAAAGGAAUUAGAGGCGGAGGAAAAUGGGGAGGAGGUUAAGCUGGCGGGAUAUGGGGCUCACCGGGACACGAACGCGUUCUCGGUGGUGUGUCAGUUGAACGAGGUGGAUGCAUUGGAGGUGGAGAUUGGAGACAACGAAGAGGAAUGGGUCUCAGCGAAGCCUACCUCACCGGCUUCCUUUUUCGUCUUAGCUGGCAAUGCCAUCCGGGUCAUAAUUCACCCCUCUUCUUUAAUGAGACAAGCAGCUUCCGCCACACCGACACUCUCCUCAGCGCAAAUGGAGAUUGAUCAAGGAUAGCAGUAGCCACCCUGACAGCGGAGAAACGCAUGGCGCAUUUUGACUUGGACAAGGUGAAGAGGGAGGUAGAGUCUUUGGAAGUCCAGAAUAAAAAAUUGAAGUUAGGGAGGAGGAAAUGGAGAAAGGCUCUGGACGAGUUAAAGGCUGAGUUUGAAGCACACAAAAUUGAGUUGGAUGUAGCCAAGGCUGAGUUGAAGGUGAGCAGAACCAAAUUUAGGCUUCUAAAGGUGGAACUGGGUGCCAUGAGCUGAGACAGCAGCAAACAAACUUGUGGUUGAGGCUUGGUAGACUGAGUUGGAGUCCACCCGAGUUGAGGUGGAGGCGACUAAAGCUGAAUUGGAGGCCUUGGGAUCCUCAAAGCUAGAGGCCCAAAGGGGUAGUUAAAGAAUAAAGAGGUGGAACUUUAGGAGAAUCAAGCCGGGGAAGGUGAGUGCUAAGAGAUCAAGAAGAAGGCUUUCCUUCGCUCGUCAGAAUUUUACGAUUUGCUUGACACCCGGAUGGUCAAAAUGGUCCAGUAUGGCAUGGAGGGUACAAUGAAUCAACUGAGAGAGACUGAGAGCCUUCCAGUUGAUGUGCCUCCUCCCAUCAUCAGUUUGGCUAGAGUCUCAAAAGGCAUCCGAGAAGAAGACAUGGCGGACUUUACGUAAUAUCUUCUUUUUAUUUUGGUGAUUCCGAAUGGUUAUAAUUAAUUUCUUGAGGUGCAAUGAAAAGCCAUUGAAAUUUUUGUUGUCCAUCCUUUGACUUCUUGAUAUCAUAAUGAAAAGAUUCGUU